GCAGAACAUGGUAAAAGGCAUCACUUCCACUUGCACUCUCUGAUCAACUGGACAGCCGAGCACCCAGCAAAAUGAAAUUCUUCUUGUUCUGCGCCUUCAUCGCCGCCGUGGCCGCCGAUGUCAGCCAUCUGCCAUCCAGCCAGUACCUGCCUCCCAGCCGUGGAGCAGCAUCUGCCCCCGUGGCAUCCUACUCCGCUCCAGCUUCCAGCUACAGCGUAGAGGCCUCGGCCCCAGUUGCUUCCUACUCCGCUCCAGUUGAGACCAGCUUCUCUGCUGCCGCCUCCGCCCCAGCUGUAUCCUACGCCGCUCCAGCUGCUUCGUACUCUGCUCCUGCUGCCACCUACACCGCUGCCGCUUCUGCCCCAGCUGUGUCCUACGCUGCUCCUGCCCAGAGCUACUCUGCUCCUGCUGCCACCUAUACUGCUGCCGCUUCUGCCCCAGCUGUGUCAUACGCUGCUCCUGCCCAGAGCUACUCUGCUCCAGCUGCCACCUACACCGCUGCCGCUUCUGCCCCAGCUGUGUCCUACGCUGCUCCUGCCCAGAGCUACUCUGCCCCUGCUGCCACCUACACCGCUGCUGCCUCGGCUCCUGCUGUGUCCUACGCCGCCCCAGCUGCCUCUUACUCCGCACCCGCUGCCACCUACACCGCUGCCGCUUCCGCACCAGCUGUCUCCUACUCUGCCCCCGCUGAGAGCUACGAAACCGCCGCCUCUGAGCCCGCUCACACCUUCUCGGCCACCGAUGGAUACCGUUACAAGACCCACCGCCGUGUGGUCCUCCGUCGUCACCGUCGUGGUGUCCCAUCCAACGACUACCUGCCCCCCUUCCAGGGAGCCGCAUCUGCCCCAUCCAGUGAGUACCUGCCCCCAGCAGCUUCUGCUCCAGCUCCCGUCUACCAGCCCGCUCCCGCUGCCUCUGCCCCAGCUGUGUCCUACUCGGCUCCCGCCCAGAGCUACUCCGCUCCCGCUCAGACUUUCAGCGCCGCCGCUUCCGCACCAGCUGCUUCCUACUCCGCCCCCGCUGAGAGCUACGAGACCGCCGCUUCCGCUCCUGCCCACUCCUUCUCCUCCAACGAUGGAUACCGUUACAAGACCCACAAGCGCGUGGUCCUCCGUCGUCACCGUCGUGAUGUGAGCCACCUGCCCUCCAACGACUACCUGCCCCCAGCAGCCUCUGCCCCAGCUCCAGUGUACUCUGCUCCCGUCCAGAGCUACUCCGCUCCAGCUGCCACCUACUCCGCUGCUGCUUCUGCCCCAGCUGUGUCCUACGCUGCUCCCGCCCAGAGCUACUCUGCUCCCGCCCAGACCUACACUGCUGCUGCUUCUGCUCCAGCUGUCUCCUACUCCGCUCCCGCCCAGAGCUACUCGGCUCCUGCCCAGAGCUACUCUGCUCCCGAGUUCUACACCGGUGCCGCUUCUGCCCCAGCUGCCUCCUACUCCGCCCCAGCUGCUUCCUACUCUGCACCCGCUGAGAGCUACGAGACCGCCGCCUCUGAGCCCGCUCACUCCUUCUCCUCCAACGAUGGAUACCGCUACAAGACCCAGCGUCGCGUGGUCCUCCGUCGUCACCGUUACUAGAGGCUCCAACGAACCCCCGAGAAAAAACCAAGCCAAAUCCUGUUAUUUGACUUUGGGUUUUCCCUUGGGGAACGAAAUUGAGAAAUUCAUAAACAAUAAAAAUAUUGAAAAAUA